AUAAAAUUUUGUGAUAAAAAAUGACACAGUUAAUCUAAAACUUCAUUUAAAAAAAAUUGAUGCAAUCAAAAAGAAAAGAGAGGAAUUAGGAGUAAUUGAUUUACUUUACUAUACUCAUACUAAUAAUUUAGUGGUAACCCCCAACCGUUAAUUGUCCCCAAUGACAUCACAUCAAAUUUACCAACUUAUUUCAAUUUUUCAUUCAAAACAUAAUUUUCAUACACUACCCUUGCAAAACCAAACGUGUUGACUAGACCUUUCUUCUCAUUGACUAUAAAUUUAUUUCACCCCUUUUUUCUUUCUUUCUCUCUCCAAUAUAAACACUCCCACCAUCUCCACUUCAUCAUCCCCCAUUCUUUCCUAAGAUCACCUCAUCAAAAAUCCUCCCACCCAAAAAAAAAUAAAAAAAAAAUCAAAUCAAAUCUUUCAAAAAAUGGCAGGAACAAAAGAAAUAUUAUGUUCAUCAAUUAUUGAAAAAUCCCCAUAUAUUUCUUCCACAAAAUUAACCCAAAAACUCAACAAUAAUAAAAGAUGCUCUGUUUCUGGUAAAAAUUUCAGGGGAAGAAGAUUAUCUGUAACACCAGUUGCUGCAAUUAGUGAAGAUUAUUACUUGAUCAAAAAAUCUAAGCCGUCUGAUCUGGGUUUCAAUAAUCGUGAUGAUUCUGGUGAUGCUAAGAUCAAGGUUAGAGCUGUUAUUACUGUUCGCAACAAGAUUAAGGAAGAUUUGAAGGAAGCUCUUGUUAAACAUUUUGAUAAUUUUUCUGAUAUGAUUGGCAGAAAUGUUGUUCUUCAGAUUGUUAGCACUGAUAUCGAUCCAAGAGCAAGAGGACCAAAGAAAAGUGGGGAGGCAGUGUUGAAAGAUUGGUCAAAGAAAUCAAAAUUGAAGGCUGAAAGAGUAAAUUAUUUGGCUGAAUUUGUGGUGGACUCAAAUUUUGGUUUACCAGGAGCAAUUUUAAUUACCAACAAUCAUCAACAAGAGUUUUUCUUAGAGAGUAUUACUAUUGAAGGUUUUGCAAGUGGCCCUGUUCAUUUCCCCUGCAAUUCUUGGGUUCAAUCUUUCAAAGAUAUUCAAACCAAGAGGAUCUUUUUCCAUAAUAAGCCUUAUUUACCACAUGAGACACCAGCAGGACUCAGAGCUCUAAGGGAGAAGGAACUGAAAGAAUUAAGGGGUAAUGGCAAAGGAGAAAGAAAAAUGUCAGACAGGAUUUAUGACUAUGAUAUAUAUAAUGACUUGGGGAACCCAGAUAAAGGAGGUGAAUUUGCCCGCCCAAUACUUGGUGGCGAAAAGAUUCCAUACCCUAGACGGUGUCGUACUGGCAGACCUCCUAUGGAAACUGAUAUAAAAUAUGAGAGCCGUGUGGAGAAGCCAUUACCAAUAUAUGUUCCUAGGGACGAACAAUUCGAGGAAUCAAAGGCAGGAACAUUCUCUUUCUGCAGGCUUAAAGCAGUUCUUCACAACUUGCUACCAUCUCUGACGACCAACAUCUCUUCAAAGCACGAUUUCACUGGGUUCAAGCACCUUGACAGCCUCUUCAGCGAAGGCUUGCUUCUUAAUAACCUUGGUUUGCAUGAUGAACUUGUUAAGAAAUUGCCCCAAGUUGUUCACAAAAUCCAGGCCACGAGCCAGGGCUUAAUUAAGUUCGACACCCCAAGCAUAGUAUCUAAGGAUAAAUUGGCCUGGAUGCGAGAUGAUGAAUUUGCUCGACAAUUUUUAGCUGGUGUCAACCCUGCUAGUAUCCGGAGGAUGCAGUCCUUUCCACCAGUUAGUAAUCUUGACCCAGAAACUUAUGGUCCUGUAGAAUCUGCCCUGACAGAAGAGCACAUUGUCGGUUACUUAGAUGGAAUGUCAGUGCAAGAGGCUUUGGAUGGAAACAGAUUGUUUAUCGUGGACUACCAUGACACGUACUUGCCAUUUCUGGAGCGACUGAAUGCUCUGGAUGGCCGGAAAGCUUAUGCUACUAGAACUGUGUUCUUCUUGACCUCACUUGGAACUCUUAAGCCAAUUGCUAUUGAACUAAGUUCGCCACCAUCUGGACCUAAUUCAAAGUCGAAAAGGGUGGUGAGUCCUCCCGAGGAUGCCACCAGUAACUGGAUUUGGCAGCUUGCCAAGGCUCAUGUAUGUUCCAAUGAUGCAGGCGUACACCAACUCGUUCAUCACUGGCUGCGAACACAUGCAUCACUGGAACCAUUCAUCAUAUCAGCCCACAGGCAAUUGAGCUGUAUGCAUCCUAUUUACAAGCUCUUGGAGCCUCAUAUGAGAUACACAUUGCAUAUUAAUGCUCUAGCUAGGCAAAGCUUGAUCAACGGGGAUGGUGUUAUCGAGUCUUCUUUCUCCCCUGGGCGCUAUAGCAUGGAGAUGAGUGCAGCUGCCUAUCAGAAUUGGCGCUUUGAUUUGGAAGGCCUCCCUUUUGAACUUGUCCGAAGAGGAAUUGCAGUACCAGACAGCACACAGCCCCACGGACUGAGGCUUCUAAUCAAGGACUAUCCGUAUGCUGCUGAUGGGUUACUAAUUUGGGAUGCCAUUGAAAACUGGGUUCGAGAUUAUGUGUGCCAUUACUACAAGGAUCCAAGCCUAGUGGCUGAUGAUAGGGAGCUUCAGGCUUGGUAUUAUGAGGCUGUCAAUGUCGGUCAUGCUGAUGUGAGUGAUGCAAGCUGGUGGCCAGAGUUGAACAAUACAGAUGACCUUGUGAGAAUCAUCACGACGUUGGUGUGGUUAGGCUCAGCCCAGCAUGCUGCUCUGAACUUCGGGCAGUACCCUUAUGGAGGGUACAUCCCAAACCGGCCUGUUCUGAUGCGUCGUUUGAUCCCUGAUGAGAAUGAUCCUGAGUAUGCAAGCUUUAUAUCAGACCCCCAGAGAUUCUACCUCUCUGCACUUCCCAGUGUCCUACAGACAAGCAAGUUUAUCGCUGUGAUUGACACCCUUUCCACCCACUCCCCUGACGAGGAGUACCUUGGGGAGCGAGCACAGCCCUCAACAUGGACAGGGGACCCUGUGAUUGUUGAAAAGUUCUUCGAGUUCUCUUCAGAGAUGCGAAGGAUUGAGAAAGAGAUUGAUAGGAGGAACGCGGAUCCUAGCCUUAGGAACAGGUGUGGUGCUGGGGUAAUCCCUUACGAGCUUAUGGCUCCUAGCUCGGAGCCAGGGGUUACUUGUAGGGGGGUGCCCAAUAGCAUAACUAUCUAAGGACUAAAUAAAUUAGGGUUAGUAAUCACUCCGUACUCGGACUUCAACCCAAAUAAGUAGUGGGGAUGUAGUUCUAAGUGUAUUUAGUGAGUAAGCCAACUACGGAGUAUUUGUAAUAUGCUAGUGGGCUUAGAUUAGAGGAGAUUUAUGGAGUAGAUAAGUAUGAUUUGUAUAAAACUAAAUAACUAGACAAAAACUUUUGUAUGCCCCCGGUUUACAAUAAUUUUAUUGUACAUCGAACAUUUUGCGAAAA